AUGGCAGUUGUACGAAACGGUUCAAAGCAAUUGCAGGAGGAAGGGGAUUCUUCUUCAAAAAACAAGCAGGUGGUGGUGGAAGGUGCAGCUCCCCAUCAAGAAAAUCAAAACCUGCAAAUGCCCAAUGUGCUAAGAAUCGUGCGCCAAGCUCUUCCACCGAAUGCAGAAAUCAGUGAUGAAACAAAGAUAACAAUGGUACAGUGUGCGACUAAUUUCAUUAGCCUCAUCACUAGCGAGGCUAAAAGACGGUGCGAAAGCGAGCAACGAUCAUCUGUUACCGAAGAAGAUUUGUUAUGGGCAAUGAGGAGGUUAGGUUUACAUAAUUAUGCUGCCUUUUGCACUCUUUACUCUGCAUAUCGUGGCGGACCUGUUCCAGCUGCACAACCAGCUGUGAUUGCAAAUGAUAGUGUGCCACCACCAUUAUCAACAGCUUCUGAUGCCCCAACGGAAAAAGAUGAGUCAGGAGCUGGUACCAGCUCAAGUGGUGCCAAAGUUUACCGCUUACCUUAA